GAUUAGUAUAACAUUUGUCAUAUCUUUUUCAGGGAUGAAAAUGACUGGAUAUCUCUAGCAUCAACUCUAAAUCAAGAAUUCAGGACAUGCUUAAUUUUUAAGGAGGCUUUUAUCUAGAAGAAUCAGGAUCUUCCACCACUGAUCAGGAAUCCUUUGUAAAAAAAAUGAAGACUUUUAAUUCAUCUUUGUGGUAGAUGAACAGGCAUAAUUAUAAGAUGGGACUGGUCCGAGAUCGGUGGGCUCAUUCCAGCAUGGGUAUGUACUUACCACAUAAAGAGAUAAGUGAAUCGCAUAAUUGUGAUGUGAUAAACCGUGGUGCUUUUAAGUCGCGGCAGAAGAGAACGCAGACAUUAAUCACAAGCAAAUGUGGAGAAAACCCAUCUCCAUUUUUCCUUGCCCGAUCCAUCGCUAUAGCUAUGGGGAUCCGUUUCAUUGUAAUGGUAAUGAUAUACAGUGGCAUGAUCAUAAAUUUGUUAUUCAACCAAGAGGCUCCAAGUCCUUUGAAAGAAAGUUACUGUGGUCCAUGUCCUAAAAACUGGAUAUGCUAUCGAAAUAACUGCUACCAAUUUUCUAAUGAGAGCAAGACCUGGCUCCAGAGCCAAGCUUCUUGUAGAUCUCAAAAUUCCAGUCUUCUGAAGAUAUACAGCAGAGAAGACCAGGAUUUCUUCAAAUUGGUGAAGUCAUAUCAUUGGAUGGGAUUAGUACAAAUUCCAACAAACAGAUCCUGGCAGUGGGAAGAUGGUUCCAUCCUCUCACCUAACCAAAUAACAAUGGUUGAAAUGCAGAAUGGAAGCUGUGCAGUCUAUGGCUCAAGUUUUAAAGGUUAUACAGAAAACUGCUUAACUCUGAACACAUACAUCUGCAUGCAGAGGAUUGUCUAAAAGCUUGUAAUUUAUAAACUGGAAAGGAUUUAAAGACACAAAAGCCAUUUUCUGAGUGUUCACCUUGAAAACUUCCAGAAGAAAAUUCCAGCCAUAGUAAUUGAAUUAUUUUUUCAGGUAAAAUAUGUAUUUUUAAAAAUCCUUGCAGAGAAUAAAGAUGAAUAAUGAAAAGAACUUAUCUCCUACAACGUUUUGAUUUUUGAAAACAUUUAAGUGAUGAACAGAUUUAUUCUUAAAUUUAAUAAGCUAUGGAUAAUACCUGAUGCUGAGCUAAAUUUUAAACUAUAAUUUUAUUAAAUAUGCAAAAAGACUAGGCUUUUAGAUCUUUUCAAACUUGAAAGUUUUGAAAAUUAGAUAAAAUUAAAACUUGGUGAAGAGUAUAUAACAGUUCACUAAUUUGCUAUAUUUGAAAAUUUUCAAAACAAAAAAUUAUAUAAACACUCUCAAAAUUUCCAAAUAUCACUAUUAAUUUAAUAUAGCACGUGACAUGCUUUGUAGAAAUUGAGUUACUCCUUGCAAUAAGAUUAUGGCACUGAUUGCUACAAAGCAUAGAAAAUAGAACAUUGACUAUGAAGAGAACUUACAAGGCUUUGAGGAAAAAAAUGGCAUCUGAGUUGAACUUGCAAAAUGCCUAGAACUUGCCUGGGCAAAUCAUCUGGGUAACAGAAUAACUGCCAAAUGAAAUAAAACUUGCAAAUGUGCAGAAGUUGGAAGAGUCUGUGACUCUAGGGAAAGCCAGUUUUGUGGAAGCAGAAUAAUGGAGAAGAUGAGGACCAUAAAAAGUGGUGGACAGGGAAGCAGAGGCUAAGUUAUGCAGAGCUUCAAAUAGCCUAUUCAUAAUUUUGGGUUUUAUUCUAAGUGCAAUUGCCCUUUUUGUGUUUUUUAUGAAGGGCAUGAAGAAGUGGGUUGAAUAGCAUUUUAGGUGGAAAUUAGAAUAAAAUCACAUGUAAAAACCAUUCAUUUUCAUCAUAGUCAAUCAAGGGCUGAAGAAUGUGUUGGUCCAAAGCGGUUUUUAAAUCGUGUAAAUUUGUAGUAUGCACUCUGCCGAAUAAACAAAAGUUAACAUUUUGUCACAUUUGCUCUAAGGUUUUAUUAUUAAAUGCUUGUCUUAGAAAGUAUGCAAAAAAGCCCAUAUGUUUGCUUUGGAAAAAUAAAGUAAUAUUAAUUGGGCUAUGCUUCUGCUUCUAGAACUAAGGAAGAGAAGAUGCUAGGUCCACUGAAAGUAACAAAAAAAGUUUUAAAACAUUGUUGUAUAAAAUAUUAUGGCUUAGAGAAACAUUGUUAAACCAGUAAUGCUAAAAACUCUGUAGAAGCUCAGAAUUCAGUGAAAAUGGAAGUCCUAAAACAAAGGCAACCACAGAAAAUGGUUUUCAUUCUGAGGCUUUGUAAUAAACUUGGGGAAACUU